AUGGCUGAGUUUGGGGAUCUUUUAAAGGCUCUGGGGGAGUUUGGGCUCUAUCAGAAACUGCUGAUCCUGCUCCUCUUCCUCCCACUCCUUCUCAACCCUUUCCAAAUGUUUAGCCAAGUGUUCAUGGUGGUGGAAGUGCCUCACCACUGUGACACCAGCUGGAUCCUCGCCGUGGGCCCCAACCUGACAGAGGAAGAGCAGCUGAACCUCACCCUGCCCCGGGGCCCCGACGGGCACUUUGAGCAGUGCUCCAUGUUCUCCCCGGUGGACUGGGACCUGGAUUCCAUCCUGGCCUAUGGGCUGAACCACACUGAGAAGUGCAGCAGUGGCUGGGUGUACCCCUCCGAGCAGCCACCAUCCCUGCUGACCGAGUUUGACCUGGUGUGUGACAGGGCGGUCCUGAAUGAUGUCUCCCAGUCCAUCUACAUGGCUGGCCUUCUCAUUGGAGCCACGGUCUUUGGGAUGCUGAGUGAUAGGAUAGGCAGGCGGCCAGUCUUUCUCAUCUGCAUCCUCCUGCAGGCCAUCUUUGGCCUGGGAACUGCCUUUGUGCCCCAUUUCUAUGUGUUCAUGGCCUUCAGGUGUGUCGUGGGAGCUGCCGUGUCUGGAAUUAUGAUUGUAGACGUGUCCCUGGCUACAGAAUGGGUUGGUGUCUCCCACCGGACAAAGGCGCUGCUCAUGACUCACACGGCUGGCGCUACUGGGGAAAUGUUGGUGGCUGGUUUGACUUAUGGAAUUCGCCACUGGAGGCUGCUGGAGAUUGCAGGAUCUGCUCCUAUGUUUGCCCUUUUCUUCUAUAUUUGGGUGGUCCCAGAGUCACCUCGCUGGCUGGUGACCAAGGGCAGAAUCGAGGAAGCCAAGAAGGUGCUGCAGAAGGCGGCGGCCACCAACAAGCGCAGCAUCCCACCAGAGCUCCUGGAGCAGUUGAAGCCUGAGAAAGAGGUCAAGUCUGGAAGUUUCCUGGAUCUCUUCAGGACAAAGAACCUGCGGAAGGUGACUUUGAUCAUGGCGUGUGUCUGGUUUGCAGACAGCAUUGUCUACUAUGGGCUGAGCCUCAGCGUGACAGAUUUUGGCCUGGACAUCUACCUGACACAGCUGGCCUUUGGGGCAGUAGGUCUUCCAGCUCGAAUUUCCUGCAUUUUCCUGCUGGAAUGGUUUGGGAGGAAGAAAGUGCAGGGCAUUCUCCUGCUGCUGGCUGGCACGAUAUGCCUCAUCCUCACUGGCAUCCCUGAAGACCAGGCCGUGGUAAUCACUGUCUUAGCCACCAUCGGCAAGUUCACAGCCACGGCCGCUUUCUCCACCUCCUACGUCUACACUGCUGAGCUCUUCCCCACAAUCCUCAGGCAGACGGGUGUGGGGCUGUGCUCGACCAUGGCGAGGGUGGCUGGGAUCCUGGCCCCGCUGAUCAUCCCCCUGGCCCAGUACCACCGCGCCAUCCCCAAAGCCAUCUUUGGGAGCAUCCCUGUGCUGGUGGCCCUGUUCUGCAUCCUGCUGCCCGAGACCCGUGGCAUUGACCUGGCAGAUGACACAGGGAACCAACAACCUCUAGAUGAGGAGCAGAAAACUGAAGUGUCUCUCUGA